AUGUCCAGCCGUCCUAAUGCCUUAGAGCCUCUCCAGCCUAUCGGCGAUAAUCUCUACCUCUAUGAAUCCUCCGAUUCUACUUCCAAUGAGAGUCAAGGCCCCUCUCUAAUCGUUCUUUUCACUUGGCUCGGCGGAGCUACGGCCUCGAGAAUUCAGAAAUAUAUCCUCAGCUACCGCGCCAUCUGGCCUGCAGCAACAAUCCUCCUUGUCACUACACGAGUAUUUGAGUUUGCAGCUGCAACAUCUGGUGCUAUCCAUGCGCGUUUAAAGCCGGCGCGCGAUGCUAUUCGUCGGCAUGUUACCAGCAGAGUGAAAGACAGGCCAUCUCUACUGUUUCACAUAUUCUCCAAUGGAGGACUUCAUACCGCUAUCCAUCUGACCCUUUCACUACGGGAUACCAAAGACAGAGUCGAGUCGCUUGAUCUCAGACGGUAUCUCAACGGCAUCAUAAUAGACUGCUGUCCUGGACAAACAGACUAUAUGCGCACAUACCAAGGGGCCAUAGUCUCUCUUCCAUCUACUCUUUUGGGGCAGCUCCUCGGAAAGCCGCUCCUCUUUCUCGCCGUAAUUCUCUCUACAAGUUUAACACAUGCAGGGUUAGUUGCUGGCGUAAAGGACUAUCGCCGACAGCUUAAUGACUCGAAUGUCUUUGGGAGCUUGGCUAGACGGCUUUACUUGUACGCCAAAGAAGAUGUAGUGGUUGGGUAUAAAGAUGUUGAACUGCAUAUAAAAGAAGCAAAGGAGAAAGGGUACGAAGUUGAUAAUGGAUUUCUGGAAGAAAUCGGUGUUGAAGGGGGAAGAUCGAAUAACAUGCAAGCUAUGAUGCUUACACUACUCAACAUCGGGGUUUAA